CAUCGUAGAUCGCCAUCGCCGCCGCCACUGCUGUGUGUACUGUGUACUGUGCUCUCUGCUGUUGGCUCGUUGCCUCAAAGAUCCGAAUGUAUAUUAAUACUAUUAAAAGAAAGUAGUGAUAGCCACUGUCUCAGUAUCAAAUUGGCCCUUGUAAACAUCGAACGGAGAACAAACGUUCCUCUAAAAUUUCAAUUUUGUGCUACAAACAAAAAUAAACCGUUUUCUCAAUCAACUUUAAUAGUUAUAAAUUCGGGAAAACCCAAAAAAAAAACAACGACCGAUAUAAACAUUAUUUUUUCAACCCAUUUUUCGUCUACAUUUCUGUUCUCUUAUAUACCAUUUUCGGUUUUCCAAUCGAAAAACACAGACCAAACCUUGUGUGAAACGAACUUGAAAAAAAUAUGUGUCAGUGAUUUGAUGUAAAAGAAAAAUUCAUUCAUUCAAAAAAGAGUUUAUCUUUCACAUUUCAAAGUUUAAAAUCGAAUUUAACGUGCUAAGCCAAGUGGAUUUUCAUUUUUGAGUUGUGAAUUUUUUCUCCAUUGAGAAAAAAGAGACAAAUUAAUGAACACACACGUUCGAUGACGGCUGAAUUCGAUUCGAUAACAUAAAAGAAACUUAAAUUUGUUUUUUUUUUCCUUCUAUAAAACACAUAUUCAAAUUAAGCGCUUGUGUGAGUUGACGACAACUUGUGUAUUGGCGCAAAUAAUUGAAGCAAAAUGACCGUCGAAUUGGAUAUUGUGGAGCGGAAAAACGAGGAAAAUCUGAAAUUAAGCAAACAAAUGUUGGAUACAAUGAAAAAAUUGAAUAUAGAUGAAAAUGAACCGAUCGCCCCAAUCACACCGACCAUCGAUGCUGACUUGGAUACCACAACUACAACAAAUAAUACCGCCGCAACAGAACUACAGCGUUUCUAUGCUGGAAAAAAUGUGUUCAUCACCGGUGGAACAGGUUUUUUGGGAAAAACACUGAUCGAUAAAUUGCUACGUUCGUGUCCGGGUGUGGAGAAUAUUUAUUUGUUGGUGCGUAAGAAAAAGGGUCUUGACAUUCAUACGCGUCUCGAAAAAAUUUUCGACGAUAACGCGUUUGAACGAUUACGUGAAACGGUACCGAAAUUUCGACAUAAGAUUGUUGCGCUCGAAGGUGAUUGUGCGCUUGCUGGAUUUGGAUUGAAAAUUACCGAUCGACAAACGCUUCUUUCCAAUGUCAACAUUGUCUUCCAUUGCGCUGCUACAGUUCGUUUCGAUGAGAAACUUCGACUAGCACUCAAUAUCAAUGUUCACGGAACACGAGAAUUGCUCGAGCUAUGUACACAUAUGGAACAUUUGCAGGUGGUGAUGCAUGUUUCGACCGCAUAUUCAAAUUGCCAUUUACGCUUCAUUGAGGAAAAAUUUUAUAAUUAUCCAUUUCAUUUUGACGAUCUAUCUCGUAUGAUUGAAAAAAUGGACGACAAAGCGCUCGAUAAAAUAACACCAACUCUACUGGGUAAAUGGCCAAAUACAUAUGCAUUCACAAAGGCAAUGUCUGAGGAUUUGAUUCGAAUGAAUGGCAAAAAUCUGCCGCUUGGCAUGUUUCGUCCAGCUAUUGUUACAUCAUCUGUACGCGAACCAGUUGUUGGUUACAUUGAUAAUUUGUAUGGGCCAACGGGUGUUGUGGCCGGUGCCGGCACAGGCCUAUUACGUACCAUGCACUGUAAUCCAGAUAUGAGCGCAAACAUUGUACCCGUUGAUAUGACCGUUAAUGCGCUCAUUGCCAGCGCAUGGGACGUUGCUACAAAUAAUAAAGAUGCAUGCAUUGCUGAAGAUAUUCCAAUUUACAAUUAUGUUUCUUCGGUUGAAAAUCCAUUAACAUGGGGCCAAUUUACCGAUCAAAAUAUUCGGAAUGGUUUUGAUUAUCCAUUUUCAACGUGCUAUUGGUAUGUUUCAUUCCAUAUGCAUAAAACCGCAUUCAUGAAUCGCAUCUAUAUGGUAUUUUUGCAUUUGCUGCCCGCUUUAAUAUUUGAUUUAUACCAAAAAGUUACUGGAGGACAGGAAAAUCUACUCAAAUUCUAUAAAAAGAUCCACAAAUUUUCCAGCGUUAUUUCAUUCUUCUGCACAAACGAAUGGAUGUUCACAAAUUCGAAUGUGCAACGUUUGUGGCGAAAAAUUGGUCGUCGAGAUCAAGAAUUGUUUGAUUUUAAUAUUCGAAAUGUUGAUUGGGAAGAAUAUUCGUAUCACUACAUCAAAGGAAUGCGUUUAUACUAUUUCAAGGAUGAUUUGUCAACGGUCGAUGCUGCGCGGAAGAAGUGGAGAAAAUACUUCUUGUACCACCAGAUCAUAAAGACCCUGUUUUAUGGUAUUUCGGCUUUCGUUGCACUGUACACAGUUUGGGCGGUUUUUUCACAUUUCUUUUAUUAAUUGAAAGUUAGUUGUGAUGAAAUGGCUUUUUAUAGUUAAAAAAUAAUUUCAACGAACAAAAUCUAAAGUAAAAUUAAAUAUUAGUUUUUAAGAACAAUAUAGUAAUUCAAUAGUUGAUAUACAUGCAUACCCACACACACGCUCAUACGCCCACAAUAAGGAAACACACAUAUUCGAAAUAAGACUAUGACUUUGUACGAUGGGAACUAGUAUCGUAUAUUCCCCAUACAAAUUAAUUUUAUCGAUUCUACGAACACGACAUCUGUUAAAAAAGAUACCGAUUUUUGUUACUACUGUUGCUUUGACACAGCUCGAGCGAACUAUGGCUGUAUUACAUACGAACUAAUACAAAAGAACACACAGACUCCGAUCCUGUGUAUGCGUAUGUAUUGUAAAUUUUGCACAAGCAGCUACGAUUGACGACUGAGUGCAGAAUUUGUAAUACAUACGCAUACACAGAAUCGGAGUCAGUGUGUUCCUUUGUACGUUUACAGUUUACACGAGCUGUAUUAAAACACCACUAGUAACAGAAAUCGGCGAGUUUUUUAGUAGAUGUCGUAUUGGUGGAAUCGAUAAAGAAAAAUCUACGAUAUUAGCGCUCAUUGACUUUGUAUUACAUUUUAGGAACGAUUUGCUUUCAAUAAUUUGAUUAUUGUUAAAAAUGUUUGUUUUCGUACGCAAAAAUUCAGAUUUUGUAAAUUACACCAUUUAAAGAAAAAAAAGUUAUCUUAAAAUUCGGCUAAAUCCGAAGCUCUGAGCAGACAAAAAAAAUAUUUUGCAAAAUCCCCGAAUUUGAUAUAAACCAUCUUAAUCGUAUAAAUUAGAAUAAGUUUUUUUGAUUAAAAAAACAACAACACAA